AGUCGAUAUCUGAUUAGAAAGAUGGACGUAUUCGACAAACACUACCAUACCUAUCGUAUUGUGUUGAAAAUCAUAGGACUAUGGCCAUACAAUAACUCGAUUUACGUAUGGAUUCAGAGACUGUGGUUAUUGAUAUUCAUUCUUGGCAAUAUAAUAUUUCAGAUUGUGUCACUUCUAAGAUCUGAAAUUACGUUACAAAACUGUACUUUAAUACUUUUUACGACCUGCCCACUUACGGUAGUCUUGUUAAGAUAUGUAGGCUUUGUGAUAUUUUUUCCUAUGAUAAAACUUCUCUUUCGUCACAUACGUAUGGAGGAAAGUAUGGUACAAGAUUCAAUAGAAACACAGAUACGAACGAAAUAUAUCGAUGAUUCCUGUCAUAUGAUCGACAUUUUUUUUUGGAUAAUUUAUACAACUACUGCAUUUUGCAGUAUAUCGUUAUUGUACCCUAUUACAUUGGAUUUUAUAAACCCUUUGAACGAAUCUCGUACGCGUAUCAUUCAUUAUUUUACAAUGUUUUCUCACCAUCGAAUCAUCUAUAUUGAUAUACUAUGCUUGAACUAUGUGUUUGUUGCAAUAAUUUCAUCAUUGUCUGUAACAUGCACGGAAUCGAUAUUUGGACUUUAUAGUUAUCACAUAAGCGUGUUGUUUAAAAUUAUUGGUUAUCGAAUACAAAACAUUGUUACGUGUUUGACGAUAUUCAAUCUCUCGUCGAAGCAAAUUGACUCGAAGCUCACAGAGCUCUAUCGCGUGGUGGAUAUUCAUAACCAAGCUAUCGAACUUAUCGAUGCGAUAAAUAAUUCAGGAAUACAUAUGAUGCCUAGUUUUCUAAUCGUGAUUUCAAUGGCGAUGAAUCUGCAUCAACUAGUAAGUACGAUUUUUAGAAAGGAUCAAUUAGGAAUCUUGAUCUUUCUUAUAUCUUUUAUCGUUCAAUUGAUUAUUAUAUUCAUAUGUAACUACAAUAGUCAGAUACUUAUAAACAACAGUGAAGAAUUGUUUCACGAAUUAUAUAUUUCUACGUGGUAUUUCGUACCGUUAAAGGUACAAAAGAUUUUAUUGCUGAUCAUGAUACGAAGCUCGACGACAUGUAUGAUUCACAUCUUGGGUGUGUUCACUCCAUGCCAUGCAGGAUUUUCAACGGUAAUUUAUUUAAAUAAAUAUAUCAUCAUUCGAAUUCAAACUAAUAGAAUUUUCUAA